GGCGGGGCGGGUGUGGGCGCCCGCGGCGGCGGCAGAGCCCGGCGCGGGCGUGCGGGGAUGGGGUCACGGUGGACGUGCGCCAGGUGUACAAGUACCCCUUCAAGCAGGUGGUCGCCAGCUUCCUCCGCAAGUAUCCCAACCCCAUGGAUAAAAAUGUCAUCUCUGUGAAAACCGUGGAGGAAAAGAGAGAUGUGUCAACAGGGAUCAUCUAUAGAAAGAGGAUUGCAGUCUGUCAGAAUGUGGUUCCAGAAAUUUUAAGGAAGGUGAGCAUUUUAAAGGUACCUAGUAUCCAAUUGGAAGAGGAAUCCUGGCUCAAUCCUCAGGAGAGAAACAUGGCUAUUUGGAGUCACUGCCUUACGUGGACACAAUAUGCAUCCAUGAAGGAAGAGUCUGUCUUCCGGGAAAGUAUGGAAAAUCCAAAUUGGAUGGAGUUUAUUCAGAGAGGCAGGAUUUCAAUUACAGGGGCUGGCUUUCUCAACUGUAUUCUGGAAACUUUUGCCAGCACAUUCUUAAGACAGGGUGCCCAGAAGGGAAUUAGAAUAAUGGAGAUGCUGCUGAAGGAGCAGUGUGGUGCCCCGUUAGCUGAAUAAAGAAUCAUCAGGGACCUGUGUUGUGCUACUUUUGCUCGAGAAUCACUUCUUGGCCAGAACCCAUCACUGAUGCAGUUUUCCAAAAAUGGGCUUAAGGAGACAGUGUCAGCAGCUUAAAGAAGAGGAGACCUUCCUGCCAGGGUGUGAAGCUCUUGGACAGGAGGCCUUCUAGAUGGAUUUUUAUGGCACAGUGUCUUUAUGAUUUACAAAUAAAGGAAAAAACCCAU